AUGGGUAAAGACUAUUAUGCAAUCCUUGGCGUUCCAAGAGAUGCAGAUGAUGAAACAAUAAAGAAAGCAUACCGUAAAUUAGCCUUAAAAUGGCAUCCUGAUAGAAAUAAAGACAAAGCUGAUGUUGCACAUGCUAAAUUUCAAGAAAUUGGUGAAGCUUAUGAAGUACUAAGUGAUAAAAAUAAGCGUGCCAUCUUUGAUCAAUAUGGUGAAGAAGGUCUCAAAGGUGGUGCACCACCACCGGGCGCUGAUGGAGGUGCUGGCGGAUUUGGCGGUUUCCCUGGUGGAACGUUCCACUUCUCGACGAGCGGUGGGCCCGGUGGAGGUUUCCGCCCGUCCGAUGCUGAAGACAUAUUCAAACACUUUUUUGCUUCCUUUGGUGGUGGAGGCAUGGAUGAAGGCUUUGGCGGUAUGGGUGGUAUGCCUGGUGGAUUUUCAUUUGGCACAGGUGGUAUGCCCGGCAUGGGCGGCGGUUUCCGUCGCAGUGGCUUCAGACAGCAACAACAGCAAGCUCAAGAACCAGAAAAACCACCGGCUAUCAAGCGUCCUUUCCCUGUAUCAUUAGAAGAUCUCUACAAGGGAUGCACAAAGCGAUUAAAAGUAACACGUAAAUUACGCGAUGGAGCAACAGGUCGACCCGUUCAAACAGAUAAGAUCCUGACGAUCAAUGUCAAGCCGGGCUGGAAAGCAGGUACAAAGAUCAGAUUCCCAGGCGAAGGAGAUGAACUUGAGAAUGGCACAACACAAGAUAUCGAGUUUGUCUUGGAAGAAAAGCCUCAUCCUGUAUUUAAACGAGAAGGAGACAAUUUGCGCAUGACAAUACAACUGACUCUAGUCGAGGCUUUGACCGGUUUCCAAAAGAAGAUCAAGACUUUGGACGAUCGUACGUUGAGCGUUAAUAACACCAAAUCAGUUGUUCAACCUGGACAAGAAUCUCGCGUUGCAGGUGAAGGCAUGCCAAAUUCAAAGACAGGCAAAAAGGGUGACUUAAUAAUUACAUAUGAAGUCAAAUUCCCCACUUCCUUAUCGGAUGAUCAAAAGCAGCAAUUGAAACAGAUUCUUGGUUAA